UGGGAAGGGCUUUUCCCGAAGCCGGAAAAUCUUGGGGGAAACCUCCCCCCUCAGCCUCAGGGGGAGGAGGAGGAAGCCAGGCAACAACCAGGCAGAUGAUAAAAAACAGAGCAAGGGUUUGAGGGGAGGAGGAGACUCCGGAGCCAGCCUGUUUCCCUCUCCUCCGCCGUGAUGCUGCCGGAGGGAGGACAUUCCUAUUCUUCACCAAAUGUUAUUCCUGUUUCUGAAGGUGAACCACACACAACACAGAGAAACUGGAAUGUCACCAACAUUUCAGAAUAUGUGGCUAAAGAAGCUUUUGCUAAAUACACGGAAAGCAAGUGCUGCUACAGCAAAGAUCCAGCCAGAGAGAUGGUGAUUUGUGAUUUAAAAUCAUUCAACACAUACAGAUAUCGUUUGGAGACUUUCAGUGAAUUAAGGUCUUGCAAAUGGAAGUCUGAACCUUAUAAAGGUCAAUCUGUCAACCUCAGUCUGUGCACCGAAGCUCCUUACCCUUGGGAUGUCCCAGUUGAGGUUUCUCCCAUGUUUAAAGACCAGAAGACAAAAGUCAAGGUGCCUUGUACAUCAUCAAUAGAGGUCUGUAGACGUUGCAGAGGUCGAUGUAUAAAUUCCUGCAGCAGCUGUAACGGAACUGGAUUCGUAACCAGUACCACGGGAGAUCAUCAAACGUCUACGUCAUGUUCUUUUUGUGGUGGUUCAGGAGAGGAACGAUGCUCCAUGUGCUCAGGAAAAGGAAAGUUGCUGACUUACCUUCAGCUAAAAGUAAAAUGGAAGAACCAUAUUUUUGAAUAUGUGAUGGAUCAUGGCUUCGGGUUUCCUAUAAAGCGUUUCAAAAAAUGUCAUGGACAAAACAUUUUAUUUGAUGAGCAACAUAUGGUAUCUCCAGUGGUGGAUUUCCCGGAAAAUACCAUUAAAAAAGUCUCUCAGACAGCUGUUCAACAACACCAGGCUAAAUUUAUAACUCCUAUACGAGGGCAGGUGCAUUCUCCUGAUCAUGGAAUUGCCACCUGGAAUGCUAUUUCAUGUCCUCGUGUUAAGUUUCCACCCACAAUGAGCAUUCGGAAGCAGAAACAAAUAGUCGAGUUGCUCUACCUUACCAGGGUGGAAUAUGAAUGGCAUGGGAAGCCCUAUUCCUACUAUGUUUAUGGAAAUGAAAACAAGGUGUAUGCAGAGUAUUAUCCUAAAAAGUGUUGCUGCACUGUCAUGUGAUUUAUGGACCUUCCAACGAAUCUCUCAUGGUUAGAAUAUUUAGAUGACUGUACUUCCCUCUUCAGUUGUAUGGAGGAUACUGUCAUUCUCAAAAGAAAAUAGUGGAUUAUUGUAUUUGCCUGGCAGACAAAGGAAAUCUCAUGCUUACACAUUGUAGAACAAGGUUGGCUUUUCUUAGAAUAAUAUAAAAACUCGAGAGAAAGAUGGGAAAGCAUUCUCCUUUAUAAUUCCUGAUUUUAUUGGCUGAAUUGAUGUAACUGAAACAUUUCUUCCUAGAUUAAAGAGACAGUGCACCAUGGCUUCAGAACUAGCUUAUAUAUGCAGAUGUUCUGUUUGUUUAUUUUUUUUUUUGUCUGGGAUGGAAUGGGGAGGAAAGUGAGGAAACUGGAAGUCUUUUCAUUUUAAUAAUAAUAAUAAUAAUAAUAAUAAUAAUAAUAAUUUUUAUUUCUAUCUUCCUGCUUCUCCCGAUGGAUUGAAGCGGGAUCACAGCAAGGAUAAAAUUACAAUAUUGCAGCAUUAGUUACUGCACAAUUAAAAACCACAUCUAAAAGAAUAAAAAACAUAAGAACAUAAAAAACCUAAAAACCUAAAAAACAUUAACAUCAAUCAAUCAUGGGGUCAGCUUGUCUCAUUCCAUGCUAGUGGUCUUCAUAGGCGGUCAGGAGGAUAAGCGUGGUGAAAGAGCUCUGUCUUUACCGCCUUCUUGAAGGCUUCUAAGGAUGUAACAAGGCGGGUCUCCUCUGUACUUGCCUUGUUACAUCCUUAUGUAUGUAAUAUUCUGUUUGAUCUAAAAUAUUAUUCUAAUGGAAUGCACUUUUGGAUGUAACAGUGAUAAAAAUAUAAAGUAAUAGACUGUGUGUGUGUUUAUGUAUCCCUUUUGAGCCAAGCACUUAAGAUUCCGUUUUGGGAAACUUCCUAGUAAUAUUAAGAACAAGAACACAGGCACUCCUCUUACCAUUCUAUUCAUUAUGUAUUAUCUACCAUUUUAAAUUUUUUUCUAGUUUACAUGUAAAUACAAAAUUUGUAUACAACUUUUGUACACAUUUAAUUUAUGCCUUUUCUAUCACUGCUAACUUAUAUGCAUAUUUUGGACUAAACCCCAACUUCUAUAAAUCUUGAGAUGCUGGUACUCUUUUACAUCAGGUAUUAUGUCUUAGGCCCCAUUCAUACUGGGGUAAAAGACAUGGAGGGAACUGGGAUGAUCCGGAUGCCCCUCCCCCGAAUCGCUCCGUUAGCAAGUGCC